CUCUCUCGCUCUCUCUCUCUCUCUCUCUAUAUAUAUAUAUGUAAAAACCCUGGUCAUUUAUAAGCAACAAUCCUCUCCUCUCGUUGCUUGAUGCGGCCUCACAAAACCGGGAACCAAAAGACAGUAAGCAAAACUAAACCGAAGGAACAAGUUGAACACUUUGGAGACCUACCGGAACUCGAAACGGAAGCAUUUUCGUGUUCUUACUUCUUAGCUUAUGGUGUCGGUGAACCCCAACCCGGCUCAGGGUUUUUACUUCUUGGAUCCCAUGAGUAUGGGUCUUCCUGGCCUCAAUUCUCUGCCGCCGCAGAUGAAUUCGACUACUCCUACUACUACAACUACUAAUACUGUCACCACUGCUACUAAUACUACAACGGCGAGUAACACUUCGGUGUCAACGACGAGUGCGGGUGCUAAUACUGUAGCGUUUGCGGACGAUCCGUGUAAGAAGAUCCGUAAACCUUAUACUAUCACCAAGUCUAGAGAGAGCUGGACGGAACAAGAGCACGACAAGUUUCUAGAAGCUCUUCAACUAUUUGAUCGUGACUGGAAGAAGAUCGAAGCAUUUGUUGGAUCUAAGACCGUCAUCCAGAUACGUAGCCAUGCACAGAAGUACUUUCUGAAGGUUCAAAAGAAUGGGACAACUGAACAUGUUCCUCCACCUCGGCCAAAGAGAAAAGCAGCUCAUCCAUACCCACAAAAGGCACCUAAAAAUGCUCCAGUUGUCACCCAAGUGACUGGUCCAUUUCAAUCUUCAUCUGCCUCUUUAGAGCCUGGAUAUGUUUACAGAUCAGAUUCAUCAUCAGUUCUUGGGAAUUCAAUGGCUGGUGGAACUUUGACAACCUGGAGUUUUAACUCAAUACCUCCAGUCAAUGUGUCUCAAGUGACUAAAGAUGAUGUGGGAUUGGCUCAUCCAACAAUUGCACAUAAUUGCUGCUACAGUAGUAGCAAUGAGAGCACCCCAAGGGCUUGGCAAACUAAUGAAAUAAUUGACCAAGGAGAUCAAGGCAAGCUGAUGAGAGUUGUGCCAGAUUUUGCUCAAGUGUACAGCUUCAUUGGCAGUGUCUUUGAUCCCAAUGCCAGUGGUCACUUGCAGAAGUUGAAACAGAUGGACCCAAUAAAUUUGGAAACAGUAUUGCUGUUGAUGAGAAACCUCUCCAUUAAUUUGACGAGUCCCGAGUUUGAGGAUCAUAGAAGGUUGCUCAUGUCAUACGAUAUCGAGAAGGCAAAAUCUGUUGGCCCUUACAGCAAUUUUGUUGCUAAUAAAACUCAGAAUAUCCUUUCGGCUCCAAGAGAAGUGAGAGGCUGAAAAGUUUUUUUUGACUUCUUGUGUUAUAUGCAUAUGAUAACGUCUUGGGAAGCAUCUGUCCUUUGGUUGUCCACAACAAUAACUGCUGGGCUAAGGAAAAUAUCUGCAAGAACACUUUCAGAAUGAGUGGUGGUGUCAGAAGUUUGUAUAUAUUUGUGUGAUAUAAGAUGAUAUACUUUCUAGUGAUCUUCUGUGUGUGUGUGUGUGUGUGUGUGUGUUUAUAUACAGUUUUUGGUCUUUGGAAAUGUAGCAUAGUUUUAUGUUAAACGUUACGUUUCUCAGGCUAGUUGUAUACAGUUUUGAGUGUUAGUUUUUUAGCGUACAUUCCUGUUAGGUGUGCUUUUGAUGUUUUGUAUGUGGGAGAAUCGUUUUAGAGUUAUGCCAUCUACAUUUAUCCAUGAAAGCUUUGCACAAUAAAAAUUUUGUACUAUUCUCUGUU